UCUCCCUCUCUCCGCCUCGCUCACUCGCAUUCACACAUACACCAUAGCUUUCCUUUGGGUCGGAGAAGACGCCAGCCAAAGGAGGCGGGGUUGCAGGAAGGGAGUCCGCUCUGCGCAAUCCAGUCCGGGACUUGGCUCCGCCCGGGAGCGGCGGCCUCUCCGGUGACAGAGGAGUAGUGAGCGGCAAGGGGUGAGGCUGCAGCCAACUCUGCUCCCCGCGCACUCGGCUGCCCAGGCGCUCGGGACGCAGCAGCGGCGCUUCUCCGCGGGGCCGACCGCCCGCGAUGCCCGCUUAGGAGCAGCGGCAGCGGCCAGCAUCGCCACACUCGCAGCAUAGCGCUCCAGGUCGCUGAGCGGGGCUACAGCGUGCACCCCUGCCCCAGCCCCCACCCCGCCCCCCACCCUGAAAUGACUUGUUAAUCGCCGCAGACACCACCGAAGGGACUCACCGGAGUGGAAUCCAAGUGGAAUUUGGAUUUGGAGAAGAGUUUCUUGAACAUUUACUCCUUCCUUGUUGGUUUUUUUCUUUCUUUUUUCCUCCUUUUUUCCUCUUCUCUUCUCUGUCAUUGGAGAUGAACACAGCGCGUUUGCAUCCCAGAAAGUAGUCGCCGUGACUGUUACCCCCAAAGAGACAAGCACACAUGUAGGAAUGACAAAGGCUUGCGAAGGAGAGAGCGCAGCUCGCGGCCCGGAGAGAUCCCCUCGAUAAUGGAUUACUAAAUGGGAUACACGCUGUGCCAGCCCGCUCCGAGCCCCGGCCGCCUGCCCGUCGAUGCACCGAAAAGGGUGAAGUAGAGAAAUAAAGUCUCCCCGCUGAACUACUAUGAGGUCAGAAGCCUUGCUGCUAUAUUUCACACUGCUACACUUCGCUGGGGCUGGUUUCCCAGAAGAUUCUGAGCCAAUCAGUAUUUCGCAUGGCAACUAUACAAAACAGUAUCCGGUGUUUGUGGGCCACAAGCCAGGACGGAACACCACACAGAGGCACAGACUGGACAUCCAGAUGAUUAUGAUCAUGAAUAGAACCCUCUACAUUGCUGCUAGGGACCAUAUUUAUACUGUUGAUAUAGACACCUCACACACAGAAGAAAUUUAUUGUAGCAAAAAACUGACAUGGAAAUCUAGACAGGCUGAUGUAGACACAUGCAGAAUGAAGGGAAAGCAUAAGGAUGAGUGUCACAACUUUAUUAAAGUCCUUCUAAAGAAAAAUGAUGAUACUUUGUUUGUCUGUGGAACUAAUGCCUUCAACCCUUCCUGCAGAAACUAUAAGAUGGAUACUUUGGAAUCUUUUGGGGAUGAAUUUAGUGGAAUGGCCAGAUGCCCUUAUGAUGCCAAACAUGCCAACGUUGCACUGUUUGCAGAUGGAAAAUUAUACUCGGCCACAGUGACUGACUUCCUUGCCAUCGAUGCAGUCAUUUACCGGAGUCUGGGAGACAGCCCAACCCUACGGACCGUCAAGCACGAUUCAAAAUGGUUGAAAGAGCCAUACUUUGUCCAAGCGGUGGAUUAUGGAGACUAUAUCUACUUCUUCUUCAGGGAAAUAGCAGUGGAGUACAACACCAUGGGAAAGGUAGUUUUCCCAAGAGUGGCUCAGGUUUGUAAGAAUGACAUGGGGGGGUCUCAAAGAGUCCUGGAGAAACAGUGGACAUCUUUCCUCAAGGCUCGUCUGAACUGCUCAGUUCCUGGAGACUCUCAUUUUUAUUUCAACAUUCUCCAGGCGGUUACAGACGUGAUUCGUAUUAAUGGCCGUGAUGUUGUCCUGGCAACCUUUUCCACACCUUAUAACAGCAUCCCUGGGUCUGCAGUUUGUGCCUAUGACAUGCUUGACAUUGCCAAUGUUUUCACUGGGAGAUUCAAAGAACAGAAGUCUCCGGAUUCCACCUGGACACCAGUUCCUGAUGAACGAGUGCCUAAGCCCAGGCCAGGUUGCUGCGCUGGCUCAUCCUCCUUAGAAAAAUAUGCAACCUCCAAUGAGUUUCCUGAUGAUACUCUGAACUUCAUCAAAACGCACCCGCUCAUGGAUGAGGCCGUGCCUUCCAUCAUCAACAAGCCUUGGUUCCUGAGGACGAUGGUGAGAUACCGCCUGACCAAAAUUGCGGUGGACACUGCUGCUGGGCCAUAUCAGAAUCACACUGUGGUUUUCCUGGGAUCAGAGAAGGGAAUCAUCUUGAAGUUCUUGGCCAGGAUAGGAAACAGUGGUUUCCUAAAUGACAGCCUUUUCCUGGAAGAGAUGAGCGUUUACAACCCUGAAAAGUGCAGCUAUGAUGGAGUAGAAGACAAGAGGAUUAUGGGCAUGCAACUGGACAAAGCAAGCAGCUCUCUGUAUGUUGCAUUCUCCACCUGUGUGAUAAAAGUUCCCCUUGGCCGGUGUGAACGACAUGGGAAGUGUAAAAAAACCUGUAUCGCCUCCAGAGACCCAUAUUGCGGGUGGGUAAAGGAAGGAGGUUCCUGUGCCCACCUGUCACCCAGCAGCAGACUGACUUUUGAACAGGACAUAGAGCGUGGCAAUACAGAUGGCCUGGGAGACUGUCACAAUUCCUUCGUGGCACUGAAUGACAUUUCAACUCCUCUACCAGAUCAUGAAAUGUCUUACAACACAGUAUAUGGGCACUCCAGUUCCCUCUUGCCCAGCACCACCACGUCCGAUUCGGCGGCUCAAGAGGGGUAUGAGUCUAGGGGAGGAAUGCUGGACUGGAAGGAUCUGCUCGAUUCACCUGACAGCACAGAGUCUUUGGGGGCAGUGUCUUCCCAUAAUCACCAAGACAAGAAGGGAGUGAUACGGGAAAGUUACCUCAAAGGCCAUGACCAGCUCGUGCCUGUCACUCUCUUGGCCAUUGCGGUUAUUCUGGCUUUUGUCAUGGGGGCCGUCUUCUCCGGCAUCAUCGUCUAUUGCGUCUGCGAUCACCGGCGCAAAGACGUGUCCGCGGUGCAGCGCAAGGAGAAGGAGCUCACCCAUUCGCGCCGGGGCUCCAUGAGCAGCGUCACCAAGCUCAGUGGCCUCUUUGGGGACACCCAGUCCAAAGACCCGAAGCCCGAGGCCAUCCUCACACCACUCAUGCACAACGGCAAGCUCCCCACUCCCAGCAACACGGCCAAAAUGCUCAUUAAGGCUGACCAGCACCACCUGGACCUGGCGGCCUUGCCCACCCCCGAGUCCACCCCGACGCUGCAGCAGAAGCGGAAGCCCAGCCGCGGAAGCCGCGAGUGGGAAAGGAACCAGAACCUCAUCAAUGCCUGCACAAAGGACAUGCCCCCUAUGGGCUCCCCUGUGAUUCCCACGGACCUGCCCCUCCGGGCCUCCCCCAGCCACAUCCCCAGCGUGGUGGUCCUGCCCAUCACGCAGCAGGGCUACCAGCACGAGUACGUGGACCAGCCCAAAAUGAGCGAGGUGGCCCAGAUGGCGCUGGAGGACCAGGCGGCCACCCUGGAGUAUAAGACCAUCAAGGAACAUCUCAGCAGCAAGAGUCCCAACCAUGGGGUGAACCUUGUGGAGAACCUGGACAGCCUGCCCCCCAAAGUCCCCCAGCGGGAGGCCUCCCUGGGCCCUCCGGGAGCCUCCCUGUCUCAGAACGGCCUGAGCAAGCGGCUGGAGAUGCACCACUCCUCCUCCUACGGGCUUGACUAUAAGAGGAGCUACCCCACGAACUCGCUCACGAGAAGCCACCAGGCCACCACUCUCAAAAGAAACAAUACUAACUCCUCCAAUUCCUCCCACCUCUCCAGAAACCAGAGCUUUGGCCGGGGAGACAACCCGCCCCCCGCCCCGCAGAGGGUGGACUCCAUCCAGGUGCACAGCUCGCAGCCAUCUGGCCAGGCCGUGACUGUGUCGAGGCAGCCCAGCCUCAACGCCUACAACUCACUUACGAGGUCGGGGCUGAAGCGCACACCCUCGCUAAAGCCGGACGUACCCCCCAAACCUUCCUUUGCCCCCCUUUCCACAUCCAUGAAGCCCAAUGAUGCGUGUACAUAAUCCCAGGGGGAGGGGUCAGGUAUGGAACCAGCAGGAAAGGCGAGGCGCCCGCUCAGCUCGGCCAGGUUCUCAACUGCCUGAGGACCCACCAGACCAGGAUGGCCGCGGCGAAGCCCAGGACGCUGGGGCCUCCUCUGGGACGCGGGGUCUUCUCCAAAAUUGGGCCAUGUGGUUUGGUGAAGGUUUGCGGCGCGGGACUCACCUCCAUUCUCUUCCUUCACUCUCCCCGACACCCUACAACAGGUCGGACUCACAAAAAACUUAAAUUAUCAUCACAAACAUGAGCCAAAAGCACAUACCCACCCACCCACACACCCACUCACACACACACAUACACACACAGGUAAACAGCACCUGCAACAUUUUGUCCGUGACUGGACGGGGCGCUGCCAAACUGGGCUAGCGUUCCAACCUGCAAAACGAGUACAUUUUUAAAAAUCAUGAAAAUUAAAAAGACAAAAAAAUAAAGAAUUCAUUGAUAAUUCUAACUCAGACUUUAACAAUGGCAGAAGUUUACUAUGCGCAGAUACUGUGAAAUGCCCACCAGUGUUACAGCUUUCUGUUAUAGCAGAUUAAUGCCAUGUUGGGCAACUAUGUCAUAGAUUUCUGCUCCUCCUCUCUUUUAAUGAAAUAACGUGACCGUUAACGCAGUAACUCUAUUUAUUGUUCACCCUGUUUUUUCCUUAAGGAAAGGACUCUUCCACAUGCUAUCCUAUGAACAGCUCUUCAGAAAGCCCCUUGGAAGUUAAACUAUUUAACGUGAAAUCCAUUAACUGGAAUAAUUAAGUUUCUUUAUUUUUACAAUAAAUUCAUUGAGUAAAUAAGUUGGAGCUGGAAUUCUGAGCUUUGUGUUUGGACUGUCUGAUCUUUAGCUAAAGGAAAAAAUUAGGAGGGGAAUAUUUAUUUAAAUCUACCAAUUAAUUUGCUGGUCAGAUUUCUGGCCUAGAACAUGCAAAAAAAUAAUCAGUUUAAAAGUCCUUCCAGAUCCUAACUUCUAAAGCAACCAGGAGAGGAACUUUAAGAAUGGCACAUCCAUGUCCCGUGGCUUUGUCAGUGGUUCCCACUAUCUGUGAAGGCACCAGCUUGUGAUACACCAUCCCACUUCACCUUGCAUGUGAGACAGCAAAGAAAAUCCACAAACGGUGUGAACUAAUUAAUAUGCUGGCUGCUACCGUGCAUAAAUUAAUGGUUUGAUCACACGGGUUUUUCGUAGGGUUACAUCUGUGAAUAGCCUGUUUUCCACAUGUAAAUUUGUGCCUUACACCCUGAGUUGUGUAUACUUACAAACUGUCGUUAUGAUAAACUUUUUCCCCCUUUUGAAAUAAAUGCAGAUAUUUAUUUAACCCUCCCUCCCCCCAUCCCCAUCCCAGCCCUCUGGAAGAUUAGCAUCCAGCAGAUGGGAGAUGAACGUGGUGGUGAUCCUGCAGCCUAGGAAACUGGGCGGCAGCACGCCCUCCAAUUCACACUUCCUUCUAGUCGUGCCAACGCCAACCGCCCUUUGGCCAUGCUGUCAAGCAUGGACCCCAGUGUUGUGGGUGGCAAAUCCCCUUUCUCCCUCUGGAGCUCCCUGUUUCUCUUAUAUUCUCAGAUCAUUUCAACAUGGCGAUACCCUCAUUAGCCAGCAGAAAAGGGACUAACUAAAUGUCCCAGUCCUCAUUUCUGCUGUGUCCACUGGCUGGAGAACACGCUGUGUGUGGUUAGGCAGGCACCUGGGAGGAGUCUCCAAGCCAUGUGCUCAGCACCCACGUGCAAUGCACACAAAGAAAUGACAUGGAAAUAGAUGCAGGCAGGCUGGUCCCUGCUGUGAUUAAUGAGUAACUCCAAGUACCAGGCCAACCACAAUGGAUGCUGCAAAAACAUAGACUGGGGCAAAAGAUUUUUAAUUUUUUAAAAAAUUUCUUUAUCCUUUUGUCAUUAUUGUUUGU